AGAGUGAAAGAUAGAUAUAAAGCAAUUGUAGUAGUUAUGAAAAGACAGAAAUAAAAAGAGCGAGAGAAAGAGAGGUAGGGAUAAAAAGAAAAUAAGUAUAGGAGAUAAAAAAUAAAUAGACACAAAAGAAGGAAAAUACGAGAGAGAGAGGAGCUGGAUAAAUUAGAAAUAAGAGAGGCAAGGAGGAUAAAGAGAUAGAGACAUAAUUUAGAUAGGGAGAGAGCUAGGGAGAGAAAGGGAGGUUGAGCAUUCAGAUAGGUAGAGAGCAAGAAAGAGAGGAGAGAGAGAGAGAGAGAGAAGUGAAUUGACAGUUUAGAUAGGUAGAGAGUUGAAGCGAGAGAAAGGUGGAGGUAACAAGUUAGAUAGAUAGAACUUCAGAGAGAAAGGUAUAGAGAUAUUUUAGAUAGAUAGAUAGAGAAAAAGACAGAGAGAGAGAGACGAUGGAAAUUUAGAUAAGUAGAGUAUAAAGAGAGAGGGGUAGCGAUACUCAAAGAAUGAGUGAGUUUAAGUUAGCUGCUUAAGUUUGAAGAUCCAAAUAAAACGCUGCGCACUGCUACUACACUAUUUAGCAGCGCUGCUACUGCUCCACCUCCAGUAGUGCACUAUUAUUAUUAUUAUAUAUAUUUAUAUAUAUAUAUUGCACCCGGUUUUAUAACAAAGUUUUCAUGGAGCUAUCUUUACGGAUAUAUACCGUUUUUGCUAAAAGUGCAGCUUCCUCACGUAUGAACUCUUUUCAUGAUUAAAUUCACGACGGAAUACAGCCCAUAUCUCGGUGUGACCUAGGUGUGUGGCAGCCCCGACCCCUCCCUCACUGUUCACUGGUCAAUCUGGCUUCCGAGCUGGACCCUAUACAUCACUAUAUCGGAGUCAGAAGAUGACUAUGAUGAAACCAAAGGACAAGGGAAAAGAUCCUGCCACACCUAUUAGGGUGUCUGGUCACGAACAGCCAAGGCCCCAAAUCAUUGAACCACCGGACGGCGGCUGGGGUUGGGUCGUGACCUUCGCUUCGUUCCUUUGCAAUGUGAUUGUGGAUGGGAUAUGUCUUUCGUAUGGGUCAAUAAAGCAAGUCUUUGAGGAUCACUUUGGUGUCACGGCAACAGCUUCGGCCCUGAUUGGCUCUCUGUUGACAGGCAGUUACCUCAUGAUUGGUCCUUUUGCAAGUACACUGGCCACGAAAUAUGGAUGUCGUAAGGUUACCAUUGCUGGCAGCAUCUUUGCAGCAGCUGCAUUUUUUAUUAGUAGUUUUUCAUCCAGCAUCCAGAUGUUGAUAGUGACCUAUGGAAUUCUGGGAGAUACGAAGCGGAUGAAGCGGGGCUUCGUCGCACGGGGUUCGAUCAUGCGAGCCCUUAUCGAGGAGAAAAAGCGACAGCGUACCAUAUCUAACGGAUCUCUCGACAACUGUAUCAUCACCAACGACAACCGUCUCAUCAAAUUGGAUUGUAUCGGCUCCAACCGCAGCAGUAUUGCAUCCUACUUUCAGCGGUCGAGGAGCCCACACAGUUCAAAGUGCCCCAGCAGGAGCAGCCUGCUACCACAAAGCUUAGUUGUCGAGUCCUUUAGGAUGGAUGGCACGACUACGAAACCCAUGAGCUCAAACUUGCUGAAACCCCCUGCUCCCCCCGCUAUCCACUCGAUGGACAUUCCUGAAAGCAACAAGCUGAUCACGAACAGUAUGUCCUGUAUGCCCAAAGCGAAAAGUUGUGAUUCCCUCACGCAUGAGGACCCUUGGGACAAACUCUCUGAGGAGGGCUCAUUGAGCACUCGUAGUCUCAGUUAUGUCGGCGUCAGUGACUCACGUAUUGAGAUAAACACGCCCUCGGCUGAGGCAUCGGCUGUGAACAGCACAUCGGCAAGCCCAUGCGAAAGCAGGUGUGAAAGCCGACAGACUAUUAACACAACAAACCAUGAAGAUCCCCCUAAGUGUUAUCUUUACAAUUGCAACAGUGAUUUACCACCUUGCCUUAUGGGCUCCAGUAUUGUUAGCAUUGCUAAAUUCCAGGCCAGUAUUCGAAGUUUGGAAAGCAUUUAUGAAAACAAUGGACACUCAAGAAAACUUCUACAGAUGUUCCAGGAAAUAAUUGAUCUGUCACUAUUCCGAAAUUUGACAUUCUGUGUCUUGCUUCUCUCUACAUUUCUUAGCAUGUUAGGUUUUUUCAUCCCGGUUGUCUAUUUGCCCGCAUUGGCACAGCAAAUUGGCAUGAACAGCCAGGAAUCAUCAUACCUCGUGUCGGUCAGCGGUGUUACGAACAUUGUUGGACGGCUACUCUCAGGUUUUCUGGCUGACCGUCCAGUCUUCGGUGCACUACACAUCAACAACACAGCCCUCAUAAUGGUAGGAUUGUGCACCAUCUUCUGCCCGUUUCUCAAAGACAAGACCACGCUCAAUAUCUACAGUGGCAUCUAUGGUCUUGGAGUGGGUUCCCUUGCAGGUUACCUUGAAGAUAUUACAGGAGAUGUGAACGCCACUUUUUAUAUGAGCGGCAUUAUGCUGACACUGUCAGGAGUGAUCUCACUCCCGCUCAACCGACUCAAGAAGUGGCAAGAGCAACGCGACCAAGUCAGCCCCGAAGAGGAGCCAAUCAAUGACCAAGACGCCAAAACUGCGAGCCCGUCAGACAGCGGUGUCAGCGAAUUGUUUAAGACCGAGGAGUUUGUACAGAAUUAGAGAGUACUCCUUGUUUCUUUUUUUUUUUUCUUUUGUUUUAUGAAUACCAGGUUACCUCGAAGAGGUCACAGGAGAUGUGAAUGCCACUUUUUACAUGAGCGGCAUCAUGCUCACUCUGUCUGGCGUGAUUUCGCUGCCCCUCAAUCGACUGAAGAACUGGCAGAUGCGGCGUGACCAACGAGACUUUGAAAGGCAACAGCAGCAGUUUCAGCAGCAACAGCAGACUGCUGCUGCUGCCAAGAAACAAAAGCAGCGGGCAAUGAUGCACGUCAAACAAGCCAACGGACUCCCUUCAGACAAUGCCCCCUCUGUCACAUAAUAUCCAUAUUGGAGAUCAACAGUGAGGCGGGGGUGGGGGAAGGGGGCUUGUUUUUUUUUCUUUUUUUCUUUUUUUUUUGUUUACUUUUUAUUGUGGGGAGUCGGGAAAUGGUUUAUUGAAAGAGGAUUGUUGUUGUGUACCUCACCGAAAAAACAAAAAGAUUUUUCCCCCCCACUCCGCAUCCACAUGUGCAUACACAUGCAUAGAAACAUAUCUAUCUAUCUAUCUUUCUAUAUAUAUAUAUAUAUAUAUAUAUAUAUAUAUAUAUAUAUAUAUAAUGUGUGUGUAUUAUAUAUAUAGUGUAUGUAUAUAACAUAUGUUUCUGAUUAUUGCAUACAGACAUUACACAUUUGUGGGAGAGAAAUAGAGAAUUAUACAGUAUAUUCUGUAUAUGUGAAUAUGCAGUAUAUAUAAAUAUAUUUGUAUGCAUAAAAAGUAUAUGUAUAUUUAUGUACAUGCACACACACACAUAUGUAUAUGUACAUGCACAUAUUCAUGUUUGUGUGUGUGUGUGUGUGUGUUUAUAUAUAUAUAUAGAUAUAUAUAUCUUUGUGUACAUAUUUAUACAUACAUACACAGACAAGAAAAAUCUUUACAAAUAUAAUAAAAAUCCUACAAAGAAAAAAAAAAAAAGAAAAAGAAACGAAACAAGAACCCCCGACCCCCUCAGAAUGUUUUAUUGAAAAAAAAAAAAAUUAUAUCAUAAAUAGGGGGAAGUAAUCCAGUAAAUGGUAAAAAAAAAAAAAAAAAAUGAAACAAAAAAAAAACAGAAGGAAAA